AGUCAUGCAGCUGCCAGCUGCACAUGGCUGCUGCGUGGGUCGGAAAGCUCUAAAUUAUUACGAAGUUUUUACUGUUUUUCUGGAAUCUCGAUUCAAGAAUUUUUCCUUUUUGGUGUUAGUUGUCCGUGGGUAUUUUUUAUCAACGUUAGUAUUCGAAUUUUUGCAGUACAUCAUCAUUCUCCUUUAGAGAAAACGUCAGGAUCAAGAGGAUGUCUGUCGACAACGCAAGAGUUCUUGUGGUUGGCGAUGUGGCUGUUGGAAAAACGUCACUGAUCCGGUAUCUGUCGCAAAGGAAAGCGGUGAACGAUCCCCCACCACCAACUGUGGGAUGCGAGCUGGAAGUUCUUGUAAGAAUCACACUGUGUUCAUGUCCACAUAAAUUUGUAGGGAUUAUUCUCGUUUAUGACAGUACCAGUCCCAGAUCGUGUCAGCGUUUGCUGUACUGGCGCCAAGAAAUUCAUAAAUAUUCUUAUGAAAAGCAAGAUGUACCGGACGGAGCGUUCCCGUAUUCGCGAGUCCCAGAUGGUGUUGUAACAGGAGACGAUCGCCGGCAGUCGACUACCCGCCGAACUUCGGUGCCCGUACUGAUCGUUGGUACUAAGGCGGACCAAACGAGCACGAUUACUCCAGAACAUCGCGGCUGGAUUGAUAAAGUUCUUAAUGAUUACUCUGCCUCGGAAAUACGUGUGAGCUCAAAUAGACCUUCAGAUUUGAGUCCCGGGACAAAGAAUUUUGAAGUCUUUCGGUCAUUUAUGAAUAAGGUGAUUGAGACGAAAUUUUAUGGAAGUAUUCCAUCCCCGCACAUAUUGCCUGUAUCGCCUACAAUGCGACCAAGAGCACGAAGUUUUAACACGAAAAACCGAUCCGCGGCGAUGUAAUUCUUUGAGUUCAAAAUACUUACGAUAUUAUGAUGUAUCGUGGAUGUUUGAAAUUUGAAUGAAUGUGCCAGUUCCGGACACUUUCUGAAUGCUCGUGAUUGCUUGUUGAUUCUCAGUGCCACUCGCACACUCUCAAGUUUUUCGUUCUGUCUUCUAGAGUAGGCUUUAAGUUGCGAAUUUUGUUUUCAUGCCUGCCUGUAACUGCCUGUAACAUCACUAACAUGCCUGUAAUUCGAUUCCCGGUCCCCAUUCUUUAAAGCGGUUUAUUAUCAAAAUAAAAACGGUCGGUAACAACUAUUGUACUAACAAGCAGAAAAUAAAAAAU